UUUUUUUCUUCAAGUCGACUGAAUCAAGCAGCAGUAACACAGACGGGGAUUGGAGUUCAGUCUGCGCGAGCGCUGCAUAACGGCUGCUACAUCGAGACACUCCCGGCUUUAAACACAUCCUUCAGAAACCGACACCAUGGGCGUGGAAGGCUGCACGAAAUGCAUCAAAUACCUGCUCUUCUUCUUCAAUUUCAUCUUCUGGCUUGCUGGUUGUGUAAUCUUGGGGGUUUCACUCUGGCUUCGUCAUGACAAUAAAACAAGCAGUCUUCUCGAGCUGAAGUAUGAGGGCACAGAACCACCCAGCACCUUCUACAUCAGUGUCUACAUCUUGAUUGCUGUCGGUGCUGUGAUGAUGUUUGUUGGAUUCCUUGGUUGCUAUGGAGCCAUACAGGAAUCCCAGUGUCUUCUCGGAACAUUCUUUGCCUGCCUGGUCAUUCUGUUUGCCUGUGAGGUUGCUGCUGGAAUCUGGGGAUUCAUGCACAAAGACGAGAUCUCCAAAGAGAUGAUCACUUUCUAUGACUCUGUGCAUGACAGUGGCUUUACUGUUACAAACAGUGAGCAAAAGCAGGCUGCCAUUACUGUCUUGAAGGUCUUCCAUGAGACUCUUCACUGCUGUGGCAAAGGAGGCAUUUUGUCAGUUGCUCAAAUGUGGAUCCAAGACAGCUGUCCUAAAGACAUGACAAUUCCUGAAAGCUGUCACACCAAGAUCAACGAGCUUUUCUCUGAGAAGAUCUAUUUGAUUGGCAUUGCUGCCUUGGUUGUUGCUGUUAUCAUGAUCUUCGAGAUGAUCUUCAGCAUGGUGCUUUGCUGCGGCAUCAGGAACAGCCCUGUUUACUGAAACAGAGGGGCAAGAUAAUUACCUUUAAAACAUUAGCCAAAAAAAUGAUUUUGUUUUAUAUCUACCAUCUCCUAUUUUGUUUUGUAUCUACCAUUGUUUCCUAAUGUAGUCAACCUAUCCAGUUCCUGAAGUCUCAGAACAAUUUGUGUGCAUUUUUAUUCAAAUGUUGCCGUGGAACCACCAACAACUAGUCUGCUAUUGUUCACGCUGUAGUUGGUAAAGACCAGCUGGGAUCUGUAGACUUACACACACACACACACACACACACACACAGAGUAUAUUAUCACAUGAAGAAUAGAUACAUUUAUUUGCUUGUAGUUUUUUUGUGUUAACUGUUUAGUUCUGCUAUUGCUAUCGGUUAAUAUCAUUCUUUUCGUAUGUACAUGUAUAAACUGUAUAUAUUUGCAGCCCUGUAUGGCUCUUAAGCAUGAAUCUGAUAUUGAACGCUCUUGUCCAUCUUCCUCUCUGAUACUGCUGUUUCUAUAUUCAAGUUUCUUCCUGAGAAACCACUAAAUAAACAGUGUUAGCUAGGUGAUAGAGAAAGUCAGAAUACAGUGCUUAUUGGAAGUGAGAGUAAAAGGAUUAAGAAUGUAAAAGACCCAGGCAUACUUCAUUUUCCGAGUUCCGCUCCGUCUAGUGCACAGUUAAACGCGUAAACCAUUCAAAAAUACACCCCAUUGAUAGUGCUCGCUGUCCGAGCUCUCAAAUCUCUCGGGCUGCACGCGGACAGUGUGAACUGUCAUUAGCGGACAGUUCUGAUGAAGAAAAUUACGUCACACAGACUGUCAGCGAGCUGGUGCGGAACUCGGACAAGGAAAGUAUAUUUCAGGCUUAAACGUAUUUAAGUUGUGGAGCACUACAUUACUUAUUACACAGCUCAGUCGUUGUAAAACUUAUAAACUUAUAUACCGGGUUGGUCGUUGUGAUUUUGCCAGGUAAAACAUGUUCUUGGAUCAACAUUAUUGUCCAAAAAUAUAGACGUAACCCAAUCUCUACCCCUAAACCUAACCCUACCCAUAAUUUAUUCCUAAAAUCAGUGUGAAAUGAUAGCUGAUUAACAAGGGUGUAAACCCUGAUUGGCAAAAAUGUUGAUCCAGGAACAUGUUGUAGGCCUACUUGGUGAAAUCACACUCACCAUACCGGGUUCUGUGGGUCAACAAGUUACGGCUGGAAUACACUACACGACUUAAAAUCUGAACAGAUUUUAAAACAAAGGCAUCAGAAACUAAACGACUGAGGAUCAUACGCUUGCAGACUUUAAAACUGCUCGGAUCACAACAAACUCAUGCAGAAACGUGUGCCUUGUUACAAGCUGACGCAUGACAAAUGAAAAUCAGCUCAAAGUAUUAAACGUUUUAUAUUUUCCAACUAGUCUAAAGCUAAAAAUCAUACACUACGUGCUGAGGUUUUCUUUGAAAUCUGUCAACUCAAAUUUGCAGACUGGCUCUGACUUUCGUCUACUAGCGUCAGCUUCUCCAGAAUGUAAAUCGGGGCAAAAAUCGUGUAGUGUAUUUCAGCCUUUAAUGUCAGUCAACAGCACUUGGAGCACAAUGUUGAUUUCCACAAAAAAUAUUUCCACUUUUUUCAAAAACAGCAAAAAUCUGGGUUAAAGUGAAGUAAUGAGGCCGAUUCGUAAACAUUAAAAUUUUCAAUGUUUAACAUGAUUUUAGCUUGAAAACCUUACUUUAGCCUUUUCUUUAUGACUUUAAAACUUAAAAUUAUUAGAACAACUUCACAUCUCAAAUAAUAUGCCAGCUUUAACAGAUGCAUUAAUGUAAGUGCUUUUAUAAAAUGGCCCAUUUCUGCUUUUUAAUUCAGAAAGUUACAUCAUUCACUUUUAAUUUAAGUGUCUGACCGUAGCAUUGGUUUUUGCAUUUUUUCAAGUGUCAAAAUUAGUUUUUGUUGCAACAUUACUCCAUAAAUGAUAAUUGAACUUAACCUGUGAAUUGUAUUGAACCUGGAAUAUUCCUUUAAUGGCAGAAACGGCACCUAUCAAUGAUCAUUGUGUUUCUUAUAUGUGAGAUCACAUGGACGAGAGAGCUGAUCCUAGAUCAGCAUUCUUGCUGUGGAAAGCCGAAAGCCUAGAGCUCCUGAUGCCCACUACAAUCUACAAUCUCUUUCUUAAUAAUGUAUUUUCAUGGCCAUCAUUCAAAGUGUUGGACCACAUGUAUAUACACUGCCCCAAUCACUGAAGUUCUGCCCCUCUUUAAAAUGAUCCAAGCCAUAGAGAGAAUUCAUGCAUACCUACUAGCCUUAUAAAUGAAACACCCUAUCCCUUAAUCACUUAGCAAAUCAGAUUGAUUCUCAAUGGAACCGCCUAUGUCAUAACUGUGAUGUGUUAUAUUAUAUCACCUGACUGCAAGAUCCAAGGAGUUUGCGUGGUGCGUGUAUGUAUGUGCAUGUGUGAUAUCUGUUGACAGUGAGCUCAGAAGGACAGGCUUGAUUGGACUCUUUACUGCCACAGAUGUAGUUGCUGUAAUAUCUUGUCGCCUUCACCAGGUGGCGCUCAAAUACUAUUCACUUUGAAAACUGCUGCCUACACCCUUACUAUGCCUGUGUACAUGUCUAUCGUGUACUUAUUCUUCUAGACCACACUAACACGAAGCGCCCUCAUCCCAGAUUCGUGAUUUACUACUACUUUACAUUAUGCAACCCUGUCUUGUUAGCACAUAUUGCCUAUGCUGAUAUGCUUAAAAACGUGUCUUGUAAUAUGUACAGCUAUAUAAUAUACUAAUUACCAUGUAAAGACAAUGUAUGCCUUUAAUUGUGAUAUCGUUUUUUCUGGUACUUGCAUAAAAAUGCAGUGAUUUCAUUUGAAGCAUGUACAAAUUUUGGGGGUCCUGACGAGACGAGCAUGAUCUUCUAACUAUUAAAUAUUAUGAAGGUGAAACAGUUGUUUAUGGAAUUAACUAAAUAAAACUGUUGUGUUGAAAGGAUCUCAUACUCAUCUGAUACCCAAACAGACAAUUGUAACUCAAGCUCUCUUUACCCUGACACGCCAAUUAUAGAUUUUGGUCUGGUUUUGUUGCUCAAAUAUUUAGAAAUUAAAUGUAUUUUACAAAUAA